UUUCCACAGCCUUUCGUUCCACUUCGUACGCUACAUAAACCCACUUAGAAAUACUCGCUAACAACUAUUUUCUGCGCCUCAUAUAGCUAAAGUCAGCGAAAAUGGAUAGAAGGCGUGUAUCACUGCGACCUGCAUCCACGGAAGAGGUAGAUUACUGGUCGCAUGCAUCUAAGUCAUUGGCAUCACUCUCCAAUAUUUAUGCCAACCCUAGCAGCCUCGAAACUAUCGGGCGUGUUAACAGAUUGAUCUCCGCGUGGCCGACCGAUGACGUCCUUCCAGCUGAAGGAUUUGAUAACUUGAAAACCAAUUACAAACGGUUGUCUGCAGCCUUGAAAGGAGUUCAACAGAUUAACAAUGAGGAAGUCAAGGCUAUUGACAGUGUUCUCGAAAAACUCGACGUUUUGAUAGCCCUUCGACAAGCACCAGAAUUACCCUCACAAGAGAAACGAAACAAGCGCCCAAGGCCUCCAUCACCUACUGCCACAGCUUCGUCGGUUACGCCACCCCUGAUGUCUGCCGCACGGCCGAUGACAACUCAAGCAACAUCUUCGCGGAGCUCGAUGGGCCCUUCUCCUGCUAUCCCAUUUUCGAGAGAGCCAAAGGCUCGCAGAGAAGCUCUUGCGAAGCAGCUGCCAUUACAAGAAGGGCGAAAAGUCGCGUUCCACCCACCUGUGGGAAAGACAGCUGACGGUAGUACGGCUGACGCCGAUGAAAACACAUGGAUCUUGGCCGUUAUCACAAAGUGUAUCAAUCAGGAUAAGAACCGAUAUGAAGUGCAAGAUGUUGAACCUCAAGAAGACGGACAGCCUGGACAAUGCUAUAACACAACCCUUCGAGCCAUUAUACCACUACCGGAUCCGAAUGCCCCUUCAUCAAGUGCUGCGCAUUUGAAUGCUUAUCAGGAAUUCCCUGCUGGUUCGACAGUCAUGGCGCUUUAUCCAGACACGAGCUGCUUUUACAGAGCUGAGGUUAUAUCCUCCCCGAAAGACGUGUCAGGACGCGGUAUGUCCACAAAGACCAUUGCCACAUACAAGCUCAAGUUUGAAGAUGAUGAUGACCAAGAGCAUUCUGUCGCUGCACAGUGGGUUGUUGAGUGGCCCGGACGACUAUCAUGACUAUAUCACAUGUCGUGGCAUUAAGUAUCUCUAUUUACUAUAUUUUCUCGAAGGUCCACGAUGUUCCUAAGCAGAUCAACAGAGACCGGGU